AUGAUUAUCAAGGUGUUUGCUUUUAUAAGACCUCCAGAUCAAGUCUUGAAGACUGUUGAAGAAAAAGAAGAAGAGAGUGAUGAGUCCAAUUUUGAAAAGAAGAACCCUAAGAGAGACAAGACUAAAGCUAAAGAAGCAGGAAUGAAGGAAAAACUCAAGCGAAAGAACAAAGAAGGUGUCAACCCAACAGUACAAGAAAACUCAAAAAUGGCAUUCAACAGAAGGGUCACCUACAAACAAGCAAGGUUCAAGAUUAUGAAGAACGAGGAUGUUACACUUCCACUUAACGUAAGGUACAAAGUAAGGAUUAUGAAUCACGACUCCUAA